ACACUUCACUGCUUCCUUCUCUCACCGCCAACCAUUUUUCAUCCAAAAUUUCCCCCCAAGUCCAAAUCUCUGCUUUCAGGUCAAAUAACCAUAAUUCAACCUCUUCCCUCCUUCCCAUUUCUUCUUGUUUGCUUCAGUCAUGCCGGGAACUAUCCGAGUUUCAGUUCUGGAGUUCAUCGACCUUCCUGAGCUGUUGUCUUCCCCAAUUUCGAUUAAAGUUUCCAUGGGUAAAACACAUUACGAAACUUCGGAUAAAGGAGAUUUCUCAUUUCCAUUGACAACUCUUCGAGAUGAUGUGAUUCUUAUAAUUCAGGAUGCUGGAGGGAAUGAGAUAUCACGUGCAGGUGUUCAGGUGAAAUCAAUAGUUGAAAAGGGUUACUGGGAUGAUCUUUUUCCUCUUGAAGGAGGAGGGCGUGUGCAUUUGCAGUUCCAGUUUGCUCUUAGUGAAGAUGAUCGCAGCCGAAUUCGAAUGAUGAGAGAAACCGUUUUGAGAAGAAAACAUGUUGAACGUCAUGAUAGCAAUCUCAAAAACUCUGGAAGCAACCUUGCAUCAUCCUUUAACCUCAACCGUGAGCUUUCAGAUUCACAAAAAUGUCUUAUUCAAAUUGGGGAUCUAAGUGCUAAAGAAGCAGCUCACCAGUCUCCAUCAGCAUCAAAUCAAAAUAUCCCUGAUGAAAUACCAGUUACUGAAAAAACAAACAAGAUUCGACUUGAUCGGAUUCAACCACUUUCAGUCGAGAAUGAUGCAGAUAGAAGUAAGGAUAAUCCAUCAGCAAUUCCUCUGAUGCAAGAGGUUGAGGUUAAUAAACCAAAGGUAAAUAACACCGUAUUAGUUGAUAGGAUGAGGAUGCAGUCAACUCCUGCAAUCAGACCGUCACCGACCAGUUCGGAAGAAAAUUUGGUCCAUUAUCGAAGCUCAGAGUUAUCGAAUUCUCCAUCAAAAGGUGAAGAGAAGACUGAUGCUUCAGAGGCGGCACCAUCACGUAGGAGGACUCCCGGGAAUGUUAAAAAUGUAAUAAGUGCCUUUGAAAGUAGCCUGACUCAGAGUACAAAACCUCGCAUUAAACCUACCAGAAAUGCUCAACCCAAUGUGGUCGAAAAGCAACCAUCUUCCGAAGUUAAUCAAUCGAAGGAUAAUUCUAAGCCGACUUGGUCGCAAGCGACAACAGGCCCUCCUCUUGCAGGGGAGUUGACCCAUGACUUAGCAAAUACCAAGCAAAAGGAACAGAAACGAAAAUUCUUUGAGGCUUCAGAUGGGACUAAAUCACUAAAGUUGAAGGGGAAAAAGAAUCAAGUUGGAGAAGAAAAUUUGAGUGGAAAGGAGUGUGAUGAUAUAGAUGCAAAGAAUGAUGAAUCUUAUCAAAAGUCUGUGCCUGAGAAGCCGGACUACGAUAGAAAUUCAGUAACAGGUGAAUCGGUAUCACGUGUCGAAGACGAGCAAAUUCCAUCCAAAAGGUCUGGUGGGUGGAUAUUUAGAGACGAAAGACGACGGCUGUGUGUCACAACAGGUGGUGAUCAUAUGCUAGAUCUGGUGGGAGGAGGUCGCACUAGCUAUACAUUCAUCCGUAAGGGGGAAAUGAAGAUUUCCACGGAAGAGAAUAGAGGUACCUCAGAGCCUAAGGCAAAUGGGGGCAACCAUGAGCAUCAAAAAAUGAUCAAACCAAAGAAUUCAGAUGAUGUAAAGCACUCUGGAGGGCCACUUGCCAAUGCCUUAAAAGUUGCAGUAAUGCUUGGAUUGGGGACUCUUGUUCUCCUUACUAGACAAAGGAAAAAGAAGAAAUAGCCAGUUGGGUGAAGGAUCCACACCAAUUGUGUAUUCAAGGCGAUCAAAGCUGUUAUGUUCCUUCUCCCAUUCUUUUUUUUUAAAACCACGUGCAUAUUAACAAGAUCCGAAUGUCAUUGUAUAGAUUUUGUUCUUAAUUUAAUAUAUCAACUUUAUAUUUAGAUGUUCUGAAACUUUGUUGUUGAGAGAAGAAGAUGAACUAUUGAC